GGUCAAACUAAAAGUUAAACGAUAUAAACCAGCAGAGAGUUUGGCUCAGAGUCAGAGCUGACGGUUUCUGCCUGAGACAAGCAGCGGGUCGGUGUGUGUGUGUGUGUGUGUGUGUGUGUGUGUGUGUGUGUGUGUUUUAUCAGCGGAGAUUACAGCCGGUUUACAGCCGGCAGAGAGCUGCUGUCAGCGGGAUCACAGCUGAACUGUGACCCCGGACCUCUGGACUCUGCAGCGGACACAAACUCCUGCAGGCUUCCAGCUGAGUGUGUGUGAGCUGUGUGUGUGUGUGUGCGUGCGUCCAGAGAUGAAGAGGAGACUCCUGCUGGUGUCCAACUCCACCCUGCACGGCAGCGGAUACCUGGACCACUGUCAGAGCAACAUUUCACAGUUCUUUGGAAAAAAUGUGAAGAGGGUUCUGUUUGUCCCGUACGCUCUUCAUGACAGAGACGCCUACACUAAAACUGCCAGGGACAAGUUCAAGACUCUGGGUUAUGAAGUGCACAGCAUCCAUGAGGCCUCGGACCCCGUUGAUGCCGUCCGGAAGGCUGAGGGCAUUUUCAUAGGAGGAGGAAACACUUUCCGGCUGCUGAAGAGUCUCUAUGACAACAAGGUGGUGACGGAGAUCAGGAAGAGAGUGCUGGAGGACGGUGUCCCCUACAUGGGCUCCAGUGCUGGCACCAACGUGGCCACCAUCAGCAUCAACACCACCAAUGACAUGCCCAUCGUCUACCCUCCAUCCUUCUCCGCCAUCGGCCUUGUCCCCUUCAACAUCAACCCGCACUACUUGGACACCGACCCCAACAGCCGCCACAUGGGGGAGACCAGAGAGCAGAGGAUCACCCAGUACCAUGAAGAACUUGAUACUCCAUGUGUCCUGGGUCUGAGGGAGGGAUCCAUGCUGCUGGUGGAGGGGAACAAAGCCACGCUACUGGGAACCACCAAGGCCACACUCUUCACCAGGGGGAAGCCCUCAGUGGAGUACGACCCAGGUAGUGACCUCAGCUUCCUGCUGACUCAGUGAUCAAUCAGAGGGAAACAGGAAAUGACAGUCUCACCGAGUCAUGAUGUUCUUCUGGACGUCAGAACUCAGAUUAUCGUUCUGCCUAAAACAGAAUAAAUAUUUUACAGAAACA